ACAACUUGCGACGUCAUCAAUGACGUCACAUCACCUAGCCCAAACACCCCUUAGACUAUCACUAAUUAGUACAGGUUGCCCAACAAGGAAGUGGUUGUAUCAGACAAAAAUGGCACUGCAGAGAGCUGGUAGUCGACUUUGGUCCAUCCAGAGGACCACUCUUCAGACUGCCUUCUCUCAAAAUCAAGGAACUGUUAAGUUCAAGGCAACGUGUCCAGUGCAAGUGAGUCAUGUGGACCAUUUGGUUCUGACUGUGAAAAGUGUGUCGGACACCAUCGACUUCUACACAUCAACUCUGGGUAUGGAGGUCGUCACUUUCAAGGGAAACCGUAAGGCUCUGGGCUUUGGGAAGCAGAAGGUUAACCUUCACCAACUGGGACAGGAGUUUGAGCCUAAAGCCAAGAAUCCCACCCCAGGCUCUGCCGACCUAUGUUUCGUCACCAAAACCCCUCUGACGACUGUAGCUGCACACCUGAAGGUAUGUGGAGUCCAGAUAGAAGAGGGCCCAGUGGAGAGGACUGGAGCAGUGGGCACAAUCACCUCUCUGUACUUUAGAGAUCCAGAUAAAAACCUCAUUGAAGUGUCCAAUUAUAACCAGGAAACAUGAAAGAAGACUAAGGUGACCUCUUGAACAUCUUUGUAUUCUGAAAUCUACAACCUCUGCGUUAUAAUGAACAAUAGUAAACACAUGCACUUGAUUUAGAGAGUAGUAGCUGGUAUUGGCAGGGUUUUUUUGCAUUACUCCCUGCUACUGAUAGUGUAUAUAUAUAUUUAUAUUCUCUGGCUAUUUACUCACCUACGUAUGUCUGUAUUAUUGUCUUUUUAGUGCCUUUACAUUUACUACAUUUCCAUUCAAUAAAUGUCCUUUGUCCUUUA